UAAACGUCUGCGUGGCAAUCAGUAUUGUAAGGAGCAAAGGUAAUUGUAAUCUAGUUCUGGCUUCUUACAGUAUAUCUUUGUUAUGAAUGAAAGACUGGCUCCAUCUUUUCAUUUUAAUUCUUGUAGUUUGAAAUAAGCCUGCUAGGAAACUCUUUAAGAACAGUUAAUCAAGCAGAGAUCAACAUUAUUUUUAAAGAAUGCCUGCUUGUGGGACACCUGUGGGGCUGCAACCUCUGUGGUUUGGCUUAUGCUUCGUAAUGUUAAUUAAACUCAGCAGUGGAGAUUCGGCCAUGGUUGAUUAUGUCUUUCGGCCUCAAAAUGUUACAUCUCAGCCAGGACAAGAUGUAGUUUUCAAAUGUGCUAUAAAUAGUACCACCAACUUCCAAAACUCAAACAUAUCCAUUCGGUUUGACAUUGCUGGUUAUGAUAUAAAUUACAGGUCUGUGUGCCCAUCCAGAUCGGAACCAGACUUAAAUCUGCCUUUGGCCAGAGCUAAGAUCACUUGUACUCCACGUGAAAAAUCCAUAGUAGCAACACUGGUUAUAACUAACACUCAAAAUGUUGACAACUUAGCAAUGAUCACAUGCACUCCACUUGGAUCAUCACUUCCAAAUUCUACUGCUUUUCUUAUCAUACAAAGUAAUACGGGCAGUUCAACCGGUGUGAAGUUCUUACUUGCUUGUGUCCUCGGUGGAUUCUUUGGAGUCAUUCUGGUUUUUGUGGUACUGGCAUUAUUGUAUCGUAAAUAUGGCAAAGAUGUUGACACUGACAGUGAAGAUGAAGAUCCUGAUAACAGGAAAACUGCUGUAUAUGUAAUGGAAACGGAUAUGUUUCCUUAUGGAAAUCAGCAAAAUUGCUCAAAAUAUUAAGCAGCUUUCUUACUGCAAAUGAAUCAAUUCUGUUUUCAACUGGCCACGUCUCUGCAACAUCUGAAGAUGGUCAUUACAUACAUAACAACUGCUUCCACAACAUGACAAUUAUUGAAUAGUUGCAGUGAUUUUCCAGAGAAUUAAUAAUAUGUGUACUUUAACUGUUUGGAAAAUAGCUCUUUGAUACUUUUUUCACAUAUUUUCUGACUGUUCUCUAAAUUUAAUUUAUAAGUUGCUACAAAAUAUAUUUAAGCAGAUGUACAGUCUCAGAUACAAAUCUUCAAGUAAGAAAAAAAUAAGUGAAUCUUCACUAAAAUGUUCAUAGAAAGAAAGUUUGCUUGCAUAUAGUCAUAAUUCUUAGCAAACAAAUUAUAACAUCCUUCAGUAUCAUGGGACAGUCUGGGUAAGUUUUAUGAAGUCAUAAGUAUGUAAAGUGAAUAAUUAUUAUAAUUGGAGAUAAUGAUUUCUAUAUCACUUUUUGGGGCAAGGUAGAAUGCAUUAAAUAUAUAACAUCAUAAUUUUGCAAAUUCAGAUACAGUAAUUUCCCCAUUUAUCCAAGAACCAUAGUGAAGAUAUUUUCCAGACAUAUGUAUAACCUUUUAAUAUUAAAGGCAUUAGUGUUUAUCAGAUUUAGCACUGACUUUUCCUGGUUUAUCAUUAUAUUCUUCUGUUUUUGUGACACUAAAUUUUAUUGUGAAUACACUUACAAUACUGUAAGAACAUAAACACUGUCAGCGUGAACAUUGGGUCUAAAAUGCUAAGAUAAAUCUCAGCAAUAUUUUCAUUUGCUUACAUAUGUUCUUGGCCUACUUUGCGUUUAUAUGUAAACUUUGGAAAAAUACAGAUAUUAAACAGAUACUGCAGCACUGAUUACCAGCUACUUGUAGACGUGCUACCAACAAAUAUGCACCCUUUAGCAAAACAAGUAAUUCUAUCCAUACGAAUAAUGUGAAGAUGCAAACUGUGUGAGUAUUUUCAAAGGGUUUAUAUGGCAAUUUGUAUAUCCUGAGAAGCAAACAAAACAAAAUUCCAAUGAACACUUGUAUACCAUAAGUCAGAUACAUUCAUGCUAUAAUACCAUAUUGAAUGAGCGUUGUUAAAAAUUUUGACAUGUUAUGAAUUUGCUUAAUGGAUGCACACUAAAAACAAAGAUACAAAAAUAGGUGUAAUACAAAUAUUGACAAAUGUGGAGGACUUCCAAUUUUUUUUUCUUUAGUUUUACAGGGUUUUAGAUGUUUAUCCUUAUCUUAUUAAAAUAUGGUGCAAGUAGAAAAUGAAAUCUCUGAUUAUAAAUAAUUAAAUAUGAAUUCUUUACAUGUAGAUUUUGUGUUCCUCUUCUGCAAAUUAGUUUAUACUUUAUAGUUUAUAUAACACGUUUCUGAAUUAUUGUAGUUCCCACAUAUUUGAUAAACAGAUAUUGUUGAAAAAUGAAGUUUUCAAGAAACAACACAUCUGGCAUAUUAUAAUCAAUAUAUAUUUAAAAAAACAUUACUUCUGAUAGAUUAGUGUAGAUCAUCCAUUUUGCUUAUGUAUACUUGUCAUGUACAUGAUGUAUAUGUUUCAAUGAGCUGCAUAUUUGUGUUGUUGUUACAAAGAAUCACAUUCAGUGCUGUUGCUGUCUUGUGUAUUCAAACUUUAGGUGUUAUGAGGUAUAACCCCAUUGAUUAAGUGUAUUAUAAACCAGGGUAUUUGAAGAUAUAUGUUUAAUGGAUGAAUAAAUUCAGCAGAUAUGAUUUUA